AUGCCAAACUAUAAACUCGAAGUAUGCAUUGAUAGCUUUGAUUCGGCAAUUGCUGCUGUGGAGGGAGGUGCAACUCAAUUGGAAGUAUGUUCAGCUUUGCCUUUGGGUGGAUUGACUCCGUCGAUCGGACUCGUGAAAAAGAUUUACGACAAAUUCCCGAUCACAAAGAUGAUGAUAAUGAUAAGAUGUCGAGGAGGAGACUUUGUUUAUGAAGAAAAUGAGAUGUUAACAAUGCUGGAGGAUGUCGCCAAUUUAAAGCCUUAUGCCAGUGGAUUUGUUUUUGGAUGCCUAAACUCAGAUGACACGUUGAAUUUGGUAAAUUGUGGACGAUUACUUGGCGUCGCGGCUCCAUUGCCCUGCACUUUGCAUAGAGCAUUUGAUUUGACCGCUGAUUGGAAAACAUCUCUUGAUGAAGCUAUACAAUUGGGCUUUACAUCCAUAUUGACAAGUGGUCAAUGCUCUCUGGCUAUUCAAGGCAUUGCUUUGCUCACCGAAAUUGUCGUUUAUUCGGGAACGAGAAUUGAAAUCAUCGUAGGAUCUGGUGUGAGUGAGGCGACUUUACAAUCAUUGAUCACGGCGACAAAUGCGCGUGCAUAUCAUGGAUCUGGUUCGAUAAUUGUGCCAUCUCGGGCUAGCGAACCGACUUUUUUCAUGGGAUCUAUGGAUUCUCAGGUUCGAAAAGUUACGUGUAGAGAUGCUGUUGUGAAGAUGGUUCAAAUUUUGCAAAGAAACUUUUUG